AUGGAGGCGGCGGCCGCGGGCCACUCCACCGAGCCGCCUGUGUUAAAGCCGGACUCCAAAGCGACCGGCGGUGACGGUGACACGGAGGCUGCCGCAGCGCGAGGAGGAGCGUGCGAACCGAGCACGAGCCUCCAGCAGCAACCGGCGGACUGUCGGAGUUCGGCCAGGCGCAGGUUCAUCCGCACCAACCUGUGGUUCUCAGAGUCGGAUGAUCACGGAGUGGAGACGCCGGAAUGCGGCGACAGCAUCAGCACCGGGACCGGGGUGAGCCGUCCCGUCGGGAACGCGCGCAGAAGUCGGUACCGAAAGAGCUCGAGCGCAGGGAGCCCGGUGCGGACCGAAAGCUGCACAGACGCACCGGGACAGAGAAGCGAGGCCGAGCAGAAGCAGGACCCCGCCGCCGCGAGCGCCGCCGGGAAGGACGAGCAGGUGCACGCGGAGGAGGAAGAGGAUGAAGAAGAGGAAGCCGGGAUGACGGCGGUGAGCACCUCACCCAGCGGCCGCUUCCUCAAGUUCGACGUGGAGCUCGGAAGAGGCUCGUUUAAGACCGUGUACAAGGGCCUGGACACCGAGACCUGGGUGGAGGUGGCGUGGUGUGAGCUCCAGGACCGUAAGCUGUCUAAAGUGGACCGUCAGAGGUUUAAGGAGGAGGCAGAGAUGCUGAAGGGUCUCCAACACCCCAACAUCGUCCGCUUCUAUGACUUUUGGGAGUCUCCUGUCAAAGGAAAGAAGUGCAUCGUCUUGGUUACUGAACUCAUGACAUCAGGCACGUUAAAAACGUACCUGAAGCGCUUCAAGGUGAUGAAGCCGAAGGUGUUGCGUAGCUGGUGCAGGCAGAUCCUCAAAGGUCUUCACUUUCUGCACACACGCACACCUCCCAUCAUCCACCGAGACCUAAAGUGUGACAACAUCUUCAUCACAGGCCCCACAGGCUCGGUUAAGAUCGGGGACCUGGGCCUGGCUACACUCAAGAGGGCCUCCUUCGCCACAAGCGUCAUUGGCACUCCUGAGUUCAUGGCUCCCGAGAUGUACGAAGAGCACUACGAUGAAGCCGUAGACGUAUAUGCGUUUGGCAUGUGCAUGCUGGAGAUGGCCACAUCCGAGUAUCCAUACUCCGAGUGCCAGAACGCUGCUCAGAUCUACCGCAAAGUCACCAGUGGUGUCAAGCCAGCCAGUUACAGUAAGGUCACUGUGCCUGAGAUUAAGGAGAUCAUCGGGGAGUGUAUUCGCUAUCGCUUGGAGGAAAGAUACUCCAUUAAGGAUCUGCUGAAUCAUGCCUUCUUUGCAGAGGACACUGGUGUCAGGGUAGAACUGGCUGAGGAAGACGACAGCAAGAAAACAUCAAUUGCUCUCAGGCUUUGGGUGGAGGACCAGAAGAAGCUGAAAGGGAAGUACAAGGACAGCGGCGCAAUCGAGUUCACCUUUGACCUCAACAAAGAGGUGCCAGAGGCAGUUGCACAAGAAAUGGUUGACUCUGGCUUUUUCCUGGAGAGUGACAUGAAGAUUGUUGGCAAGUCAAUCCGGGACCGCGUGGCUCUCAUAAAAUGGCGUCGGGAGCGAACCAUCUCCAGGGGCAAGGGCGAGACUGAGAAGGUCACUGAGGACCGUGCACAGAGUGUUCCUCACGAUCCCUCUCCUCAGCUGGCACAGAGUGCCAUGCCCAAUGCUCAUACAGAGCCUGGGGAUCACGACAGUGAGUCAGUCAACCUCUCUAGUGGCCCCACCAGUUCAACUACAUGUGAUCUCUUUUCUGGCCCUGCAGCACUCUCGGAUGGGUUGAACAAACAGCACAUCAUGGUUUACCAGUCAUUGCCAGAGCCCAUCACCACUUCCCAGAAAGUCGUCAGUCCACCAGCACAGCUCCUGACUCAGUUACAUCAUGUGACCCAACCACAACUAACAACUCAGCUUCAUCAGGAGGCCCAAAACCAGAUCACUGCUCAGCUGCACUCAGGAGCAAAACAAUUACCUGUGGCCCAGUAUAAGCAAGAGAUCAUCCAACAACUUGUGGAUCCACAGGAUCCCGCUGUCCAGCUGCAUCAAGUGGUCCAGCAACAGCCCAUUGCCCAGUUACAUCAAGAGGCCCAGCAGCAACCAACUCUACAUCUCCACCAUGGAGGACAACAGCAGCAACCUGCUGCCCAGUUACUCCAGGGGAUCCAGCCACAAGGUAUGCAGCAAAACCCCACUGUGCAGCAUCACGUGGCACAUCAACCACCUUCAGCACAGAGCCAACAGGAGGUCCAACAACAACCUGGAGCACAGCUUUAUCAUGGAACUUAUCAGCAACCCACGACUUCGAUGCAUCAAGGAACCUUUCUGCAGCCCUCCAUCCAGCUCAAUCAGAGUCUUUACCAACAGUCUCCUCCACCCACUGCUAAAUUGGUUCAGCCUCAGACUAUAUCAGCUCCGGCGACUCCAGCAGCAGCUGCACCACAAGGACGGGAGUUUCACCUCUAUCUCCAUCCUGCAGCUUUCCUGUCCCAGACAUUAUCAAAUCUGCAGCCAGUUGUGGAGUCAACUACUGAUGGACAGGCACAUCCUCAGCAUCUGCAUCAGCCAGGUUCUGUUCUGCUCAGCACUGCAACGCCGUCCCAACCGCAGCAGCCUGGUCACGCCCCACCCCUACUGCAGCCUCUCCAGAUUACCACUCAGUUCUCUUCACAAUACUCCGUUAGGUCAACAGUGGGCACUCCUGCCAGAAGUGAGGCAGUAACGUUUUCCUCCAUGCCAUACAGCACCCCCUACCCAAACAGUGCUCCUCCCGUACCUCCAUCUUACUACUCUCCCAGUCCGGGCCAUGUCCCACUUCCUCUCACAGCCACACAGAACUUGUCCUCUAUGCCUGGAGCAGGUACACCCCAAACCCCUGUAUCUGCUCCUCUGGGACCAAUCCUGGGCAUAGCCCUUUCCCCAUCCCUCAUACCAUCACAACAGCAGGUGUACCCUUCUGCCCUUCCACCAGAGGGCUCUAUCCUUCAAUCUCAACCCACCCAGUCAUCUCUGCCCCUUUCUCAUACAUUGCUGCAGCCACCGUCCUCCUUUCCACCACAAGAGCCCUGUAUCUCUGCACCAACUGCACAGGAUGAAACUCUGGUACAUGCAGACCCAACUCUGAUCAAGUCUCUUCCACACCGAGAAGAAUCUGAGCAAGAACUGACUGCAGCCACUCGUGGUGAAAGUUGCGCUGAAACAAGCAAUACUCAGCAGAUCCAGGAGACAGCAGCUGGAUUCAACCCUCCUGCAUCUGACCCCAGCCAUGAGGAGCCAGUACCCGUGCCACUCCCUAUCUAUACAUGUGACAGUUUGAAUUCAGAUGCAGCUUCAGGUAAAGAGAUGAGUGACAGCUAUGAUGGCACCAUCAGUGGAGGGAAAGCUGAAGGGAAACCCCGAAAACACCAUCGCAAGUCUGCUCGCACCCGUUCAAGGCAGGAGAAGACCAGCAAACCUAAACUCAGCAUGCUCAAUGUUUGUGAUACAGGUGAUAAAAUGGUGGAAUGCCAGCUGGAAACCCACAACCACAAGAUGGUGACAUUCAAAUUUGAUCUGGAUGGAGACGCACCAGAGGAAAUAGCAACAUACAUGGUGGAGAAUGGCUUCAUUCUGCCCAUGGAGAAGGAGAUGUUCAUUGAUCAGCUGAAAGACAUUGUGGACAAGGCCGAGGACAUGCUGAGUGAGGAAGUCGAGGGGGAGAGACCAGGUGCUCUAAGGGAUACUCUGCUUCAAGGCAGCUCUCCUGGAGAAGUUGGGGAUGAGGUAAGGACAAAAAGUCUGAGAGGACAGAAGGAUGGAGUCUCUCAGCCUGUCUAUCAACAGAAUGUGCUUCAUACUGGGAAGAGAUGGUUCAUUAUCUGCCCUGUGGAUGAGCCGAGUGUCAGCCAGGACGUGUCCUCAGAGGGAGCGACAGCGACGCCCCCAACAAGCGGACUGAGUGAUGGCACCGCACCGAGUCAGGCUGCUGACAACAGCACAGCACAGCCAGUGGAGCACUGCACUGCACCCACUUCCACAGAUUCCACAGGUUAUGCCACAGCUCCUCAAUCUGGUGGCAGUGAUGCUCAUGGAUUCAGCCCACUGUCUCUCACCACCAUCGACCCGUUAUCCCUGGUUCCGCUCCCCGCCACCCUGCCAGUGCAGUCUGCCAGUGGCCCAAUUACACCAAUCCAUGCUGCCCAGCAGGCCUUGGAUCUGGCCUGCGCUGUAUCCAGAGCUGAUGACGUGCCCUGCUGCCCGCUCGUCAUGCCAUUAGCACUGGAUGCAGGUGUGAGUGCUCAGCGCUCCUCACCAGUGACCCCUCCCCUCAUGCAGGACACUCACGGCAUCAUACUGCAACAGCCGUUUGCAUCUGUGGGUAGUGCCAAGCCCCCGUCACUGCCCCAGAGCCCUGCCACCUCGCAGCACCAUCACGCCCCCAAUGAGUCAGACGGGGAAGGUCGGGCCCGGGUGGGGUUCGUAGACAGCACCAUCAAGACACUGGAUGAGAAGUUGAGAAAUCUGCUGUAUCAGGAAUAUGUGCCCAUGUACCCAUCAGGCUGCGCAGCGGAGACUCCAGGCUCAGGAACGGAGUAUGUCCAUUCUCCACCCGGGCCGGAGAGCGCAGCAGGGGGGUCGGGGAACAGCACACCCCAAAUCAUCGGAGAAGGACGCAUCAGAGCUGGAGAGCAACUCCCACAGAUUCCAGAGCGAGUCGACAGUCUGAGCACGCUCAGUGACUCUGCCGUUGCUGUUACAGUGUCAAAGAAACCAGCAAUGCCUCACUCCACCUCCUGCUCGAGCUCCAGGAGUCACUACAAGAUGACAGCUGGUGCUCCUGACUUCCUCUCCGAGACCCAGAGAAAGCAGCGGAGUUGGAGCAGCACAGCUUCUCCGGCACACCCUGGUAUCUGGGAGCGCAGUCUUUACACUCAGCCAAAUGCGACCUUUAGUGCAGAGGACAACGACCCCACACACAGGAAACACAGCAGCAGGAACUCAGCUCCACCUGAUUUCUGCCUGGACCCUCUGUCAUCCCUCGGUGAGCGUGGCUCCCUGCCACGAACCCGUACGUCCGUCUCUGCGGAUGUCCACGCUCGCUUCAUGUCUUCUGACUCUGGGGCAGAGAGCAGCCCAGCCAAAAUGGUGCCUCCGACGCCAUCUCGCUCGGAGAGGAGAGGAAGCGACCUCAUGAGGAGGGCGGUGGCCUUCCUGAGGCGUUCGGGCCGCAGCAGCAGUGUGCAGAGCUCUGACUCGCCCAGCAGACAUGGUGGGACAUGUGGGUCGUACAUAAGCAGUGAUAACGACUCUGAGAUGGAGGACUUGGACGUUAAAAAUGAACUGCAGAGGCUGAGGGAGAAACAUAUGAAGGAGAUUUCAGAGCUGCAGGCUCACCAGCGUGGGGAAAUCGAGCUGCUGUAUCGACGGCUUGGUAAAGCGCCUCCUCCUGGCUUCAGCCUCACAUCAACAGUGCCCCCUGCUGGACGAAGACGCAGAACCAGCAAGCACAAACUCAGAGCAAGCAAACUGCUCAGCCCUCUGGUCCAACAGAUACGAAGUGUCACCAAAACAAGCGACAGCAGCAAACCUGCUGAGCCUGCCGUGAGCGUGAACGGCUCUCCAGCCCGAGCCUCAGAGGUGUGUGUUAGCCGGUCUCGCUCAGGGACCGACACUUUGCCCAGCUCUGUAUCAGAACCGGUCCAGACCAAGCAGCCUUGCUCCCUCAAGGCCUCCAUGUCAUCUGAUAAUGUGUGCUCUGGACUGCAGGGAGAGGGAGCCGGCGUGUACAGCCACCCGGGACAGGGCUGGUCUCCUUAUCUCCCAGCGGCUGAGAGGGUCACCUACAAGUCCAGCAGUAAACCACGUGCUAGAUUCCUGAGUGGGCCUGUUUCUCUCUCCAUCUGGUCGACGCUGAAACGGCUCUGCCUGGGUAAAGAACGUGGAAACAGGCCUGCAGGUCCUCCUGGGGCGUCUAAUCAUCCCCAGAUGCCCCCAGGUUCGACUCCCUCACCACGUCACCCAGCGGUGGGGAUAGCUCACGCACAAAGCAACAACAGCAACAACAACAAUGACUUGUGCCCUGAGGAGCUGCAGAGGCUGGUGGACACGUGGAGCCCCAAAGCACCUAGUUUGUUCAGGCAGUCCUUCAGCCUGAGAGCGCAGCGAGCCGCCAGAGCGAGAACCAGGAGUGCUGAAGGGGUGCUUCCAGGCUCAGCAGCUGUAACAUCCGCCUCACUGCUUUCUCUCUCAUGGCCUAGGAUUAACUCCCACACCUCCUCUGAGAUGACGGAGCCCUUGCUCACCCUCCAGGAUGGGUUGUCGGUGCACGACAAUCAUUUUGGAGAAUUUAUAGGUACUCCGGUGUACAUUAGUCACUGGCCUGCACUGAGCACGGCUCUUGAUCAGGGAGGGCUUAUGUUCUCCACUGUGGCUUCAUCUUGGACCAGACGGUCAUCUCCACCAGAGCUCCUCAGAUCCCAAAACAGGACUCCAACGCCCAGGUCUUCCAUGUUGUAGCAUCAGUUAAAUUUCUCGACAGUAUCUUUAGAGUAUGGUAGCUUGUACAACUUUGACCAUAUCUCUUAAAGGCAUGCAUGGUCUUACUUUUACUGUUCCAGCCCAAAUUAUAUAUGUAUAUGAACAUUUGCCAGAUAGUUGAGUAUGAAUAUGUCCAUAAUUUAUGUACAGUGUAUUUUUACAUCAACUUUUGCGCAUAAACUCUCACCCUUAACUCUCCUGAACUCUAACCAGAGCUCCUCCUGUACACUGACAAUCUCACAUGCCUCGACAAUACACACAGACACACACUGUAUAUAAAUAUCAUGAAAUGUAGCCUUGCAGCCCUCUUAAAGAACUCAAACACCACAUAUCCUGUAAAACACAAUCAAAAUUUCUCACAUUCACUGCAUCACUGUGAUGCCUUGAGGCAGUCCUGCAGUCAUUCAUGGUUCAUACCAAGGAUUCUGGACCAAGACAAGAAGCUAUAUUUGUUCGAAAUGGCUUGCCAUUGGACUGCAGGAUCCACCGAGAAAGUUUCAAACUGACUGACAUUCAAGGUGGAGAGUUUACACGAGUGCCUUGAACAGCAGUUUUGGACCCACUGAGUGAGCGGCAAUACCAAGACAUGAAGCAAACUGGUGGUGACAUUUCAGGAGUAUGAACAUUUGUCCAAGUUUUUUUUUUCUUCUGUGUACAAACAUUAAGGAAAAAGGUUCACUCAGUUAAGUACAUGUUGUCAAAAUAAGUUGUACAUGAUUAGCCUAAAAGUCCAAGUCUCUUUUUCAAGGAUUCUUCUCAUUGUACACGAUACUGUGAUGGAUCCAAGAAUGUAUUGGAUGACACUGUUAUUUGGCAAUCGAGGACAAUUGGACUGCCACGUACACCCAGGUCAGGUCCGUGGUCCUGUCCGGUGUUACCUCUGACUCAGCGAGGUGCAGAUGUGUUCAAAUGUACAGCAUCUGGAUUUCAAGGUUUCAAAGUUUAAGGAACAGGACGGGGGAGUGUGUAAAGUGUGUGUCAGGUGAUGUGUCUCUUCAAAGGAUAUGUUCAUCGACAUGGGAGAGGGAUCACGCCAAUCUCUGCACAUGACACUGUGUUCUAGCAAAAGUAUGGACUGUGAGUGAAUGUGUGUGUGAGUGAUACAGGCUGUGAGUGUAUUCGAUUUGUGUGUGUGUGUGUGUGUGUGUGUGUGUGUGUGUGUGUGUGUGUGUGAGAGAGAGUGAGUACAUGUCCAUUUCCUAAAUGCAAAAACUGAUCAGUGUGUUCUGAAGUUCAGUCAUCAUACCCUCCCCUUUUUUUUCUAUCCAACAAGAAUAACGUCUUGACGCCAUCAGCUUUGUGUAAGAACAUGCCUUACUCCACGGACUGACCCCAGAACAGUUUACUGAAGUGUAUAAAUGUGUUGUUGUUCUGUAAUAUGAUCAUAUGAAAUCGGGAUUCUUCUUCGAAGUAAAUACAUGGACACUUGUACAGUGUAUAGUUAUAAGAUAAGGCAAUUAUUUUAACCAGCUUUUCCAUUUUUUUCUGCUGUUGUAUCUUAGCUAUGCAAAAAAAAAGGUCCACCAUAAUUCAUGAUGCAUUACUGCCAUGAAAUUCUUUGCCUGUAUAUGCUUGCACUAAAAUCCCUAAAAUCCUAGUGUGCUCUAAACGUCCUGUUCUUC